AUGCAGAGAGACGUUGAAGCACAUCCACACUGUUUGAUGGCUGAAGAAAAAGUGGCUUGUGCUGAGAAUGAAGGACUGGUUAGAGUGUCCUGUUUACGAUACACUGAGUGUGAGGACCCAAACAGUUUGUUAGUUGCAUUGACUGUUGAGAAACCUGUGGAAGGACCAACUCCUCAACCGGGAGCAAAUACAAGUAGCUCAACUUCAGUGGUUCAUUUGGUACAAAGAUACCAACUUCAAGAUCAAAGUCGUCCGCUUCUCAAGUUAUUCAUGCCCAAGCCUGAUGCCCCAGGUAUCACUACAAAGGAAUGGAUGUGUGUGGGAGAAUGGAUAUCGAGUAGUAGUGUGGUGACUCUGGGUACUACUCUUCGUCAUCUUAUUCCAGGCUCCCAGUUACCAUUCAUUGUUACUGCAGCAACAAGUGAUGGUUAUAUAUAUGCAAUUAACAGGGAUACAAUGCAGCAGAUAAGCAGCCACAACAUACAAAAUACUCGGGGAUCUGGAGAUGAACCUCCCAUAAGCAAGCGUGCAUCAGUAGAUCGUCGUGUAGUUUCACUUUCCCAUUCAUGGAAUGGCUUUUCUCUUCUGGCAAUGGAUUCUCUUGGGAGCUUACAUUUUCUCACUCUAGUGAGGCCUGUGGAUGUUGAUUGCCUGGCUAACUAGGAUUUGUAUUGAUGAUGGAAAGGUUCCCAAGGAAUUGGUGAUGGGAAUAAUGAUUUUGUUGGUUAAAAAAGAAG